AUGAAGGAGACACUAGAUGAUUUUAUAAAGAGAAAUGAGGAAGCUAAAGCUGCUAAAGCUGCUGCACAAGAACCUGAAGGCGUUGCUCAUACGGAUUCAAGUGAUGCUGAUGGUGAAUCAAGUGAUAUAGAGUCUGAGAUUGAUAAGUCGAAGAUUGGUGUUGGAAAGAUUACCUUGAAAAAGAAGCCUCGGAAGAAGAAAAAGGGUUCUGAUGAAGAGGUAGAAACAUAUAUUCCUACACCACAAGCAGAGAAAAAGAAAGGCGUUCUAAAACGAAAAGCAAAUCCUCAAGGUGUUAUUCCUAGGAGAGCCAGAGUAAGAAAGGGAUCUGCAUCAGUUCCUGAGAUUCAGAGUGGUGCUCCAGAGGUUGAGGUUGAAAAGGUUGAUAAGCCUGAGGUUGAAAAGAAAGGUGAUGAUGAAGAUGGGGUAGUAAUUACAGGUGAAAGAGUAUCUACACCACCACUAUCACCAGAAAAUCCAACCAUUCAUAUUCCUGAUGAUCCAAAGCAAUCACCGCCAAAGAAAGAUACUACUCCGGGCUUAUUUGAAGGUUUUCCUAACAUUCAUGGUGAAUUUAAGGAUAAUAUUCUUCCUGAUGAAGACUAUGACAUGUUUCAUGAUGCAACGAUCAAGGAUCUAACAAAGAAAGUAAGUCUUUUGGAGAAAGGAAAGGCCAAAGCAGAAGCUGAUCGUGAUGAGUUGAAAAAGAAACUUGCUAAGGCUGAGAAAAUAAAUGAAGAGAUGAAGUCAGUAGUGAAUGAUCAUGCUGAAAGAAUUGAUGCAUUGACAGAGGAUCUGGCUGAUAAUGCUAAACUCAUUGAUCAACUCACUAAUGAGCUUUCAAAAGUGAAUGCAAGAUACGAGAACAUGAAUGAAACAAACCAGACGUUGCAUCAAAUGCUCGAUGAUCUUCAUGAAGCGUCUUCCAAUGAAAACAAAGUUUUAAAGCUAGAGAUAGAAGCUCUAAGGGCAGACAAGGCUGUGAAAGAUGAGCAGUUGAAUAUGUUAUAUGUUGUUGUGGAACACAAGCUUGGAAUCGACGUCCAAGAUGUGUACAAUGAUUUAGAGAUUCAGAGGGUUGAACAAAGAAGAAUUGCUAGGGAGAAAGAGUUGGCGAAAGAAGCAACUCAGAGGAAGAAAGAGUUGAUUGUUGGGACUCAAGAAGUUGGAGGUUCUUCGAGUCAGCCUAAAGGUGAUGUUGAGAUGGUUGAUGCAGGGGUAAAUGCAGAAGAGGAACAUAUGGAUGUUGAUCAAGAUCCAAGAUUUGUACUUGUUGCUGAUUCAGUCUCUCUACCUUAUAGUUUUCAUGAUAUAAUCCGUUUAGUGCAAGUUGAACAACAUAAACGGAAGGUGAGAGAACCUGAAAUGAAGUUACUACGUUAUAAAGAAGAAGAGAAAGAAGAAGAGGAAGAAGAGAAGCUGGAUGAUCAAGAGUUGAAGGAUAUAUUUGAUGACAUCGACAACUACGUUCCAGAAAAUGAUGAUGAUGAUGAUGAUUAA